UGAGAUCUUGGCGAAGAAAGAGUGAACGACUGGUGGAACAAGAAGGAGGAGGCCAUGUCAUGAGGAAGAGCGGGCGAGAGAGAGAAUGAAAGACUGAAACAGAGCUCAGGCAACUGGAUGAGGAAGUAGUGGUGGUGAGCACAUGGGUGUGGUUGGUUAGCAGUUUCUUCAUCAGCCUUUCAGCAGUGACACACAGAGGAGAGGAUUGUGGAUGAUGAGGCUGUGGAUAAAUCUCUGGACUCGGGCACCUCGCAGGAUGGAUACUAAGAUCUAUUUGGCCUCCUUCUUUUUCCUGUUUGUUAUGGUAAAAGUAUCAAGAGCUCAGGCUAGUACAACCACACUUCAAAACGGUUCUGAGAGCACCAGCGUGGCCACUACGAUUCUCAAUGUUUCAGAUAAUUCUGAAAUCAGAGUCACCAGAGAGGCUGACUCCUCUCUGGAAACUUCCCCUGCUGCUGAACAAACCACAAAACAGAACAUUAACAGCUCAGACAAGACUACAUCAGAAGUGAAGACUUCAGCAGCUCCCAGUGAGGGGACAACAAAACCAAAAACAAAUCUCACAUCCACUCCAGCAUCCAAGGUGACAUCCUCCCCAUCUACAACUGAAAAAACCACCAAACACAGGACCAAUCAAGCUACUCCCUGUGAUAAGCAAUGCGACCAGGAUUUCAUCUAUGAUUACGAGUCCCUUCGAUACGCUGGACUGAUCAUCGCUGCAGUGCUCUUCAUCAUGGGCAUAAUGGUCAUUAGCUGUGGUAAAGUCUGCAGGCUGCCCAGGUGUCAAAAGAAGCCCCCAAAAUCGUAUAGAGAGGUCCAAGGAUAAGGCGACAAAAGCACCAGCGCCAAGGAGUCCAUCAAGAGAAGAAAAAAGAAACCAUUCAACACCUGGCAGCGUGUGUGUGCAUGUUGACUGACAGGCUGUACGCUGCUUAGCAACCGUGUCAUAGAAAAACAAUGAAGAAACACUGAAAAUAUGAUUCAUUCUGACAGGUAAAGAAAAAAGUGGAACAUCACCUGUUUAAAUCAAAUGUUAUUUCUAUAGUUGCCAAACCUGCACAAAAAGUGAUUAUUUAUCUUGGCAAAUAAUGAAGAGAUGAUUCAUAUUUUAAUCACACCUUCAGCCAUGAAGCAGGCUUGCUCCUAACGACCUUUGUAUCUUGUAACUGAUAACACAGCUGCAGGCAGAGUCUCACAGCUAGGAUUAUUAUUAAAGGUUAUGAGGAAUAAACCCCACAGCAUCUCAUUUUUGACAAUCUCCUGCAGCCCCUUUUUCACUGUUCUGUGAAGGUAUAAAAAAUAAAGACGAGGCUGCAUCGCCUUCUUCUUCCUCA